AUGGAGGCCAUCCGGAAGCAGGCCUCAAAGCUCCGGGAGCAGGUCGCUCGGCAGCAGCAGGCGGUGAUGAAGCAGUUCGGGGGUGGGUACGGCGCAGACGGCGUGUUCGCGGACGAGGCCGAGGCGCAACAGCACUCCAAGCUCGAGAAGCUCUACAUCUCCACGCGCGCCGCCAAGCACUUCCAAAGGGAUAUAGUUCGGGGCGUCGAGGGCCACAUCGUCACGGGGUCGAAGCAAGUCGAGAUCGGGAACAAGUUAUGUGAGGACGGCAAGAAGUAUGGCACUGAGAACACUUGUACCAGUGGAAGCACACUGUCGAAGGCGGCAUUAAGUUUUGCUAAGGCACGGUCCAUGAUGGAAAAGGAAAGGGGUAACCUGCUGAAAGCCCUUGGCACACAGGUUGCAGAGCCAUUGAGGGCUAUGGUUAUGGGAGCUCCUUUGGAGGAUGCUCGCCACCUCGCCCAAAGAUACGACAGAAUGCGUCAAGAAGCUGAAGCGCAGACUAUUGAAGUUUCAAAACGCCAAAUGAAACUAAGAGAAGCAUCUGGAAAUAGUGAUAUGGUUGCAAGGCUAGAAGCAGCUGAGUCAAAGCUGCAGGAGUUGAAAUCAAAUAUGGGGGUUUUGGGCAAAGAAGCUGUUGCAGCAAUGACUGCCGUUGAAGCCCAACAGCAAAGACUGACACUGCAGCGUCUUAUUGCAUUGGUUGAAUCAGAGAGAAACUACCACCAAAAGGUCCUACAAAUUCUUGAUCAACUUGAGAGAGAGAUGGUAUCUGAGCGCCAAAGAAUUGAAGGAGCACCUCCUCCAGUGAUUGAGAGUUCCAUGCCUCCGCCGCCUGCAUAUGAAGAGGUCAAUGGUAUAUUCAUGAGGAAUACAGUUGCAGAAUUGGUUGAGACUGUGGAGUAUUUCUUGGCUGAGGCAAUCCAGUCAUAUCGAGCAGAGAGUGAUACUGAGCUCAACCUUUCAGCUGGUGACUACAUAGUGGUCCGAAAGGUGUCGAACAAUGGAUGGGCCGAAGGUGAAUGCAGGGGGAAAGCUGGCUGGUUCCCCUACGACUACAUUGAGAAGCGAGAGCGUGUGCUUGCAAGUAAAGUCGCCCAAGUUUUCUAA